UAAUAACCUCAGCCUCCUCUGCCCGUCAGCAUCAUGAUCGCAGAAUGCACCGGGACCCUUCAGCAGCGGAGCCGCGUCGUGAUGAGUGUCCGCGGGCGCAGCUGCAGCCCGGUGACGCCUGACAUCUCCUCCGUCCAGUAGUUGGUUCGUGGGAGCAGCGCGGUGUGGAAGCCGGAGCUUUGGCACCAACGCUGUCAGCGGGCUGCCUCUCUGGCGCGUACUUCGCUCCGACACAUUCCUCCGAGGCGUCUUCUCCCGGCUGGGAAGUGGAAACUUGAGGGACUUUACCGUCGCAAGCGGAGAACAAAAGGCAGGCGGACGCACGGAUCGGGUCUGCGCGGCGAGCGUCGCGGCGAGCUGGGUGUCUUUCUGCGGGGCGCACAGCGGUGCUGCUGGACCAGCCGAGGACGCACCAAGUCCCGUCCCACGUCCCCCCACCGGGUGUCCCGAACACGGCAAACAUGAUUGUCCCCGGGAUUGUCCUCGUUCUGUUCUUCUCAGGUGUGUUGCCAUCUUCAGCGCCCAUCUUCCCCUUCCCUCCCCCCCACACUGACUGUGUUGAGGCCCAUCGUGUGUGCUCCGCCGACCCCCCCUGCAAGGCGCUGCACCGCGGCCUGGAGCUGUGUGCGGCCGACGCGGCGGUGUCUCCGCUGGGGGAGCAGGCGGCGUCCGAGUGCCUGGAGAGACGGGACGCUCUGCUGGCCAAACACCCGUCUCUGUGGGCCUGCAAGUGCCAGCGUGGCUUCCGCAAAGAGGAGCAGUGCCUGCGCAUAUACUGGGGGGUUCGCCUGCUGCCAGGGGACGAUGAGCUGGAAACAUCUCCCUAUGAUGACACACUAGUGGAUACUCGCAUGGCUUCCUUAGUGUCAGUGUCGUCUUUCAUGCAGCUGGAUGGUGAGAACCAGUGCCUGAAGGCGGCACAAGACUGCGGCCUCUAUGAGAAGUGUGGGUCGCUGCGGUCAGAGUACGUCCUGGCCUGCACCAAGCGGGUUCCCGGGACCAACCGAUGCAACCAGCACAAGUGCCACCGGGCCCUGCGACGCUUCCUGGAGCGGGUGCCUGAGGAGUACAGUUUGGGUGUCUUGUUCUGCCCCUGCACCAACACCCUGUGUGGCGAGAGGAGGAGGAAAACCAUUGUCCCCUCCUGCUCCUACCAGGACAUGGAGGGUCUGCAACAUAACUGCCUCCAUCAGCAGAGCUUCUGCCGUCGAGAAGACGUCUGCAGGUCCAGACUGGCUGAUUUCCUUAAUAACUGCCAGCCGUCUCAUCUGACGGCCAGCGGCUGUCUGAAAGACUCACCAGGCCUCUGCCUCCGAGCCUACGCUGGACUCAUAGGUACUAUCAUGACGCCCAACUACAUCAGCAACAGCUCUGCAGACGUGUCGCUGUGGUGCAACUGUGAAGGCAGCGGUAACCAGUGGCAGGACUGUCAGCGGCUGCAGCGCCUCUUCACCCAAAACGCCUGCCUGCGUAACUCCAUUAGCUGGAUGGGGAACCCCGGCUCCCUGCCUGCAGACAUCACCCAGCCUCCCGCUCCCAGACCCUCCCCGCUGGUUCAGGAGGACGAGCUGCUGAGCAACAACCACCUGCCUGAACACAACAUCAUUGUGAUGGAGAGCGAGGAAGAGGAGGUGCUGACGCAGACGGAGGAGGAGGAGGAGGAGGGUGAUGAAGGCGGCCAGUUUGACGUCAUCCCGCUCUACUCUGAGAGGGCCACCGUCUCCAACCUGGGCUCCUCCGGCACCGGCGGGGCCGCUGCCGUCUCCUCGGGCCCCGCUGAGCCCUUACUACUGCUGCUCCUGCUGCUAUCGGCCUGCCUCAGCUGGGGGUAGAACAGAGGAUACAGAGAAGACACACACACAUGCACACUCACAUGCACACACUCACACAUAAUGGACCUGCCAACAAUCCUGGACUGAUUGCUGUAAAAUCCUAUGAAACAUAGUGAAGAAAUGGACUUCACCUUUUGUCGGUAGCAUCCCUUUGACUCCUGUCGUCUGUCCUUGCUGUCAUCUGUUUUUUUGAAAAUGCCACUGUGGUCAGAGUGGUGUGACUGGAGCUGCAGUGGGGUGUAGCUGUCCUGGGAGCAGUUGUGGUCGGGUGUUCACAUGCUGCCGCCAACCAGUGAGGAUAAUGUUGCUCUUCCUGGCUUAUUUAAUAGUGACAAAUAGCAGUGGGGUUGUUGGAUUUGUUCAUGCCACUCAGACAGUAACACAUUAGACUCCAAACUGUAAUUAUGCAUAUCUAAAUUCCAGACUACAUGAAUCUGCUAGUAGGCAAAAAUGAGCAUCUCCCAAAUGAAACCAAAUCCACCAAAAUGGAUGGAUGUCACCGUUGCCGGCGCUUCAAGGCAAACAGAACACAAUAGUAAGGAUGAACUAAAUGCAAACAUGAAUUAAAGCUGCAAACAGCGUUGACCGGGCCCUCAGGUAUCCCCACACAUGUCCACCAGGUGGCGCUGUGACCGUGAAUGGUCACCAUUGGACUCUGAUCAAACAUGUAAAGUUUGAGGCAGAUUGGAGCAUGUAUAGACUAGCUAGACAGCACUUCCUGUUUCAUGGCGACACGUCAAAAUUCUAGAGGCCGCCACGGCCACCCCAUGCCCACGGCCACACCCUUUUACUUUGCAGGAAGAUUUUCAUAACAUUUAAGCACUAACGCCUGUUGUGUAUACAGGCCAAAUUUGAGGUGUGUCGGACGUAGCCCCUCGGAGGAAUUCGCUCUUGAAAAUUUCAAAAAUUGACCCAAAAUCACCAAGAAUCUUAAUUCAAAAUGGCCGACUUCCUGUUGGGUUUUGGGUAUGUGUGAAAGAGUCUUUUUUGUUCACCCUGACGUGCUACAUAUGACUACCAAAUUUGGUAGGUGUAGCUAGGAUGUGCCCAAUCUAUUUAUUUAUUAACCCUGAAAUAAUUUCUGUAAUAUUUUAUGAUCUAGAUUUUAGAGGCAAAAUGGUCUAAACCCACUGCCCAAAUAUAGCGUUACAGUGGCAUUUGGAAUGUUAGACCAUUCUGGAAAACACAAAACUUUGAAGAGAGAGUGGGUCGGACCACUCUGCUUCCAAACCCUUCAUUUUAAUUUUACCGUUGGUAAAGUAGUAAUUAAAUUAUCAUCAGACUUUUCAGUGUUUAUAAAAUACUGAACUGGGCUGGUAGUUAUUUGGACAGUUCUACAUUUACUAUAAAUUCAUUUAUUAACUUUUGUUUAUUAGCGUGUUUUCAUGCAUUAUUCAUCACCUGCUACGGCGUCCAAUCUCGCCUGUAUGACAAAUAAUGGUGUCUCUCCCUGUCACUGUGGUGGAUACGUCUGAAUAAUAUAUCAUUUAAAGUGACCUAUGUGUGGGUGACAGAAUGCUGUCACUGCAACAGAUUGAUUAAGCAGCACUGUUACACAUCCCAUGUAUGAAAAGGGUUGUUCGAGAAAUAGAGGACAUGUGUGCUUCAAAACUUUGGAAAAAUAAACUAUAAUUUUCUGCUACAUAUUCAUCAAAAAUAGGUAAUAAACUCUCAAAGGCUUGACUGGUUCAGCUUCCAUAUCAAUGGUAGCAUUUUUAUUCCAUGUUUUCUGUGUUGUUUGCUAACCCUACUCUAAUCACAGUAACAGGGUUGCUAAUCCAUGCUAAUGUGAUCUUUUUCUCAGCAGUAGAAGCUAGAUAUUUAGCUGCUGUUACUGCUGACCAAGAGGACAAACUGACUGAUGGAAAACAGUCCAAAGAAUUAGUCUGAUCCUGAUAAUAUGAGGUAGAGUGAGACAUUCAGUCAAGGCUGACAAUGUGAUGAAAAUAUGGAAAAUAGAAGAGAGGACAUAGCUUUGCUCUACACAUUCUUUAGGAAAACUGUUUGAUGAAGUAAACGAUGAACACAAGACAGAAAAUGACAGAAAUGAGAUAGAUAACAACAAAAGCUAGACACAAAAUGACAAAAACAAGACAGAAAACGAGUGAAACGAAACAGAAAACGACAUAAACAAGACAGAAAGCAACAGAAAUGAGACACAAAAUGACAAAAAUAAGACACAAAGCGAAAACAGCAAGAUGUAAAAUGACAAAAAAACAUCAACAGGUUUUGCUAACAAGUUGUGGGACACAGAUUCCAUGAAUAAUAAUUAUUAUUUAAAAAUUAGGUUGAUUAAAAAAUGUUCCCACAUUUUCAAAGGACAUCAAUGAAAAACAAAAAAGGAGAUUUAAAUUUCAUUUUAACUGUUUUAUUUGAGAUUCAGUUUGGUCAUCAAGAGGGUGGGGCAAGAGAAAAAUGGCAGUUUAGGGGAAUUCCAGAUGUAUUUGGUAAUUUAAAAAAAUAUUUUCAACUUUAUCUUCUCCUAGUUUUUCUAGAUUUGGUCUCAGGAUGUAAAUUUACACAACAACUGCAUGUUUUGGUAUUUUGUACAUGGAUGAUUUGAAAAUUGAUGGUGAUGAUUCCAGUUUUGGAAUGACCCAAAAGGGCUCACAUCCUGCUGGAAUUAACACUUUAGGGGAACAAAAACUGAACUGGUUGCCGUAUUUUUAAUGUACAACCAAACUUAGCGUGUGACGUAAAAGGAAAACAUGACUUCUAUGAUGCUGAUUGUUCUUUAUGCCUCUGAGCAGAUUCAUCGUCUUAAUUGUAAUUUUCAAACCUAGAGAGCAAAAACAGAACUUGUGUGAAAACAGAUAAUGAGGCAAUGAACUCUGUGCUGGGUGUUACUGUGCUUGGAUGUGAACCCCCCCCCUCCUCCUCACAUACAGAAACACCCCACGGCCUCAUCAGAAGUAGCUUUAUGAUUUGAACCUGGUGAUGGAUGAUGAUUGGUGCCGCUGGUUGUGACUCACCUGUGUAGGGGUCAUCCUAACAGCGGCUGAAGGGGGGAAUGGGCGUUGAUGUACGGCGCGGGAGUCAAACUUUAUCACGGUGAUGAAUGGAGCGAUCCUCGUCUCCCCGCCGCCGUCCCCCCUCCACAGCCACGGUGAAUGAUAAAUUACACACUUGUCUCUCAUUGUUUGAUGAACGUGGAGCGCCGGGCGUGCCAUGUGUGCGCUCGUGCACGGGCGCGCAGGGGGUCGGGCGGGGAGAUUGCAAAGAAAAUUGGGCAAAGCUUUUUGUUAUAAUUUGAGUCUUGCACUUCCCACCCACGUCAGCACGGCCUCACAUGCAGCGCAGACACACAUCCGUCCACGGAGCGCCUGCCACGCAUUGAGCCGAUGCAGCUCUUUCUUGCUUUAUUGCUCCGUCCCUAUCUCCCUCCCUCCCUCCCUCCCCGGUGACUCGGGACCGGAGACCCAGGCUGCCACGGGCUGCGAUAUGAAUAAAGCCGUCAUAAUAAAAACAACACACCAGAAACAAUAUGAGCUCUAAAACAGCAGAACAAAUCAAAUGGCUCCCCAGCAGGCGAAAAAACACACUUCUGACACCAGCACAGACAAAAUGAAGAGAGCCGGGAAGGAGAGAGAGGAGAAAUUCAGAAAAAAAAUAAGGCCAAGUCCCUGUGUGGUCUUUGUGCGUUUGAUGUUUUACUUGUUUUUAGUUGGGAGGCUGAUAAUCAGUCCCUGACAACAUCUCUUUAUCAUCUGACAGGCUCCUGGGGGGGAGGAGUGUAUGAAUGUGUGUGUGUUGGCGAGGCAGCGAUAGAAAUAGUGCGCUAUAGCGAGAACAGAAAGGACCCUGGAGCACAAACAUAGCAGAGAGAAUCGCCAGCUCUUGAUUUUCUAUGUCUUAUAAAUCUUUUGCUGACACUAAUUUUUUUUCUUUCCUAUUUCUGGGGAACGUGUAAAAUUAAAACCCAUCUGCAGGGGCGCCAGCGAUGGUGGAGGGCAAGGAGACGUGGAGUAGAGGGUGGGAGGAGAGGAGACAAAUGAAGAAGGAAAUAGGAAAGGAAAAGAGGAAGCGUGGAAGAGAAGAGGAAAAGAAGACGAGGGAUGGGAACGAGAAGGAUGAGGUGGGAUGAAUUAGAAGAAGCAGGAAGGAAAGAAGAAAAGAGACAAAAAAGGAGAGGAAAAGAAGAAAGUAAGAAGGGAUGGGAAAAGGAAGAAAGAGGGGAAAGGAUUUAAAGCAGAAAAGAGGAAAGAAAAAUUGCAAGAAGUCAAGGAGGAAGCAUAGUAGAUGAAAAGGAGAGAGGAUGAAUGUGGAAUGAAAACAAAACCAAAACAAUUGAGGGAGACGAAGAUAUAAAGGUAUGAAGGCAAAAAAUGACAAACAGGUAAUGGAGAGCAGAGAAGAAAUAUAGAGGAAAGAAAAUGCGGCAUAGAAGAGCAACAGGAAGAAAGUAAAAGAGAGGAGGAGGAGGAGGAGGAAGAGGAGGUUCGCUUUGUGAAGCCGCCGAGGAAACACACUACAAAGGGAAUGAAAGGAUGAAGGCAGAGAUAGACGGAGAGGUGACAGGUCUGCAGUGUACUUUAACCUCUCUUUCUGUUUCCUCGGGUGCUGCUGGUAGCUGCAACUGCUGAGACACACACACACAGACACACACACACACACACACACACACACACACACACACACACACACACACACACACACACACACACAAUCUCAAAGGCCUUUCUGUCUGAACACACCCCUCAGACAAAGCGUCUGUCAAUCAGUGAAGCAGCGAUAAGAGUCGGAGUGAAGCUGUCGGCUCACCUGAUCUUUAAACACCGAGCGGCUGCACAGCGAACACCGAUGUUCGGCUUGUUCAGGUUUUAACUGGGACUCAUAAACGGCAAUCAGUAAUCUGAGAGAGGACACUGAUUACAAUGAAACAUUCAUCUGUCGUAGCGACUGCAAAUGAUUCCUUAAGGCGUCGGAGAGGUCGAGGUCUUAAAACAGCUAAUUCUGCAUAUCGUCAACAGAUCCUUUAAAAAGACCCAAACCAACACCGAGUCCUGGUAACAGGUAUUAUGUGUGUGAGCUCCUCUUCACCACAGAUCUCUAGAGACUAUCAUUAACUCAUCAGUUAGACAAAGUUUGUCCAGCGUGCAGCGACCAACACACACAUCUCAAACAUAAACUGAUGGCAAUGAGUCAUGAUGACAACCUCCACCCUGAAGGGUCACGGUACCAGCACCAGGUUUAUGUAUUAUUAAAGUGGAACGUUGGUGAGGAAACAGAGACUUUUCUUUCAAGUCUCUCUGAUCCACGGACCUCAAGAUUGUUCAGUUUGGCCUCACUCAUUUACUGAUUUUAUCUUUUUCACCAGGAAUUCUCAAAAGAACAGUGUAGGAAAUAAAGGGUUAAUCGCAAGGAACAUAAGCUGCAGUAUCAACAGUAAUUCAACAUAUAAUAUCAAAGAAAAACUUUAAAUUAAUACCAUUUGCUAUACGGAGAAUACAGAGUUCAUUGAGAUUCUCAAAAGAGAAGAACAACUGUGACUUUUAUAGUAAACAGACCAUCAGAAAUUCCUUUUCAUUGGUUUAGUAUACAUAGAUGUCAGUGUAAAUCUGUUGUUAGUUCCAAACCCUACAAGAACAAGACAGUACAGUUUGAGGCAGAUUGGAGCAUGUACAGGCUAGUUAGACAGCACUUCCUGUUUUAUGGCCACACCCUUUGACUUUUGUGGAAGGUUUUAAUAAAUUUUGAUCAAUAAUGCCUGUUGUACAUGCAAGCCAAAUUUGAGGUGUGUUGGACUUGGGAGGUCCCGAGGAGGAAUUUGAUCUUGGAAAUUUCAAAAAAUGACCCAAAAUCGCCAAAAAUCUUAAUUCAAAAUGGCUGACUUCCUGUUGGGUUUGGGGUAUGUGUGCAAAAGGCUUUUUUUUUUGCACUCACAAAAACCCUGCAUGCCUACCAAAGUUUCAUAGGUCUCGGUGAAGCGGCCCAAUGUUCCAAAUAUUACAGGGGGCGCUAUUGAGCCAUUUUUCCACACACGUGCAAUUCCCCAAAAAUGUCAAAUUUUUCACCGGUUUGGAUGUUCAUGCCACAUUGGAGGUGUUUUAGGGUAUGUUUAGAGCUUCACAAAUGCGAUUACUUUGUCAGGAGAAAGCAUAUAACUGUUGAUCCUCAGACCCUAAUUAUGACUGUUGAUAGACACUGAUACAUUACUUGCAACAGUAAUGUGAUUACUUUUUUCAGGACCAAGCAGUGUAGGGGAUUACAAUGUUAAAUUCAGCACUUACAAAACAGUUUCCAGUUCCAGUGAUGCUCAGUUACUUUGACAUUUUGUCGACUUGUUCUCUGUGUGUUUCUGUGUCAGGAGGAAAAUGUUUGUUUCUGCCAGAAGAGACUAUUCCAAAGUCGUCUUAUGUAAAUGCUGUGUUCUUUGCUGCCUUGCUACUUUUCUUUAGAGCUGAAUAAGGUUAGAGGCCUACCCCCGUAGGAAAAUGUACCUCAUCACAUCGCAAAAACAUCAGUCAGGAACAUCUUGAGGAACAUGACAGUCGCCCAAGAUGUUGAUUUGACUUCCAAACUACCUAGAGCCCAUUCUGAUCAAUCAUCAACAGGAUGCAGUGGAACAAGUUUGAUUCCCUAAGACCCCACUGCACAACCCAGAGCACCCAAAGGAUCCACUGCCAACGUCCUGGUCCAGGCCCCAUAGGACACCCUGAGAGGUCCUCUGGUCCAGGUCCAAUGGUUCAGAGCAUUUUGGACCACAUAAGGAGGACUAACAGAAUAUUAGGAAGGUGGUCAUAAUGUUAUGUCUGAUCGAUGUAUACUUCUGCAAACCUUUUCUAAACUCCUCUGUCUGGAAAACCACAACCCAUCCUUCUUGAGAACCAAUCAGGACAUCCAGGGUGUGUGAUGCAAUCGUGUCAAAACUUUAACUGCCUCCUUUUCUUUAAAACAAAUCACCCCAUCCUCUCCUUUCACAACUAUCCUUAGGUUUUCCCCAGAUUCAUAUUCCUGCUUUGGUCAGCAUGCCCUUAGUUUCACUAAGAGAGAGCUUGUUCUUCCGGUUUUAUCAUCUUGUAUGGUUUCCAUUGGGUUGCAGUUUACACAGGAUUGUUCAGUUGACACGUCAUGUUUUCCAGUUUUAGCAUGCCUGUAGUUGAAUCUGAAUUAAACAUCCUAUUUUCCUAGUUUUAACAUCAGUUCAUUCUUAAAAUCCCACAUCAGUGCUGGUUAGCUCCUCCGCUGUGGUAGUUUGCCGUCUUUCCGUUACGUCCAGCAUCAGUUGCCUCCUAUUUCACCAGAAUCCAUGGAUGAACUCUUCACCUUCUGCUGUGAGCUGAAUCUGGACUGUUCCUGACACAAGUUGGUUUACGUUGAAAACAGGUGACCAGAGAGUUGCUUCAUAUUCUUUGGUUCUGAACACACAAAGGACACUCUGUCCUCCUGAAAGCCCGUUCAGCUGAAGUCCUCUGGAACAGAAAUCAAUCACACUCUUCUGACUGUGGCGGUGCACUUAAGCUGUCAGUGUGGCACCUGCUGCCUGAAUCCCAACACCUUCCAUGCAGGUUAGCUCCCUGCACUGCUCUGGAUGUUGCUGAGGGCAGCACCGGUUUGUUUGAUUACACCGGCUGCAAAUCUGACAAAAGUGAGCAUAUGGUUUAGAGUAAAUUACCUGAAAAGGCGAUGAGCAGCUUCCCCUGACCUCACAAUCUCCAUCCUCCUCAGCAUUACAUAGAAUUAGAUAGCCAGGUCACCCCCCCUGCACCCCUACCUCCUACCAGCCAAUAGCAGGGGUUAAUUGAGAUCAGCAGGGGAGGUCAAGCGUCUGAUUGACGUGGCCGGUGGGGGCCGGAGCGACGGCCUUUUACUGGGCCCCGUUGUUCAUUUUAAUUGUUGCCUCGGCUGUUUGUCGCGAGGUCCGACGGCCGGUGGCAGGACGAUGAGAGGGAUGGACGGAGGGAGGAAGGGGGAGACGAGUGGACACCAGUGAUUUACAUUAAUAUGUACUGAAAUAAACAAGCUGAGAAGUCAUGCGUUAAAUCAAGUUGGAGAGCGAGCGAGAUAGAGACAGAAAGAAAGCCUCCGGGGUGAGAGAGGAACAGAGGAGGUGGAAGGAAGGAAGCGCUCUUUUUUUUAUUGUUCUAUUACCGUGUAGUAGAUUUACAUGCACAAAACGCACACACACACACACACACACCAUGUCAGAUUUGAGCGUCUAGUGUGUCUGCUUUCUCUCUCCAGUAUUUUAGUAUUCUAAUCCAUCAUUGGCCUGACAUGGGGAUGCUGUCUCUCUCCGUCUAUGUCUCUCUCUCCGGCUGCUGCACAAACACGGCAUCCCAACGAAAGAUAAAGGCAAAGCAGGGGGAAAAACAAACUCCACAGCAGGGAGAGCUUUAUCCAGAGAGAUAAAGUGGCAGAAUAAAGCGGCAACGGGGAGAUACAGAGCAAAGUGGAAGAGAUGGGAAGAGAGGGGAAGCAGAAAGGAGAGGAAGGAGGAAGGGGGGAAAAGGGAAAGGGAAGUGGGAAAAGCAGGGAAGGAGAGGAAAAUGAAGGCUGAGGGGGAGGUGGGAUGGGUGAGAGAGCAGGAGAUAGAGACAGAGAGAGUGAGAGAUGUGUGUGUGUGUGUGUGUGUGUGUGUGUGUGUGUGUUUGCGUGUGUGUGUUGCAGUGUGUCUCCUGAACCUCCCUGCUCCAUUUCACACUCUGUAGGUCCUGACGCAUCGCCACUCAGAGACACACACACAUAGACACACACUGGGCCUGUCCUUCUUUUUCGAUUUCUUAGUCUCACACACACACACACACACACACACACAUGCACGCAUGCACACACACAUGCAUGCACACACAUGCCGCCUUUUCUCAGUCGUGCGCGCAGACAGACAAAGAUGCACAAACACACGGUUGCUAAACUGAAAUUCUUGCAUUUUUUUGCCCUUCAUCUGUUACACAGGGUUUAAGAAACAUUAAAGGAAGAAUCCCCUCUAAAACAUUUGAAUAUUUUUUUCAGAGCAGCUCUUCCUCCCAGAGCUGCUUCUUUGCAUCAGUGACCGACCGUUAUACAGCGAGGGGAUCCAUCAGAGAGGCAUAGGGGCGAGUCGGCCGGAGACAAAAAGCUAAUUACAAGGCAUCAGGAUAUUAAAGAAUGUACCGAAGAUAAUGUAGCCAUGGCAUGCUGAACAAAGAGAAAAAUCAAGACGGCUUUAUUUGCCCUGAUCUUGAGAUGUUUUUCUGAGAUUCCUGCAUUUAUUCCAACACACUAGAGGUAAACUGAAUUCUCACUGUGGCAUUAUGUGAAAAAAAUGUGGCCUUUUAUUAUUAUUAUUAUUAAUAAUAAUAAUAAUAAUAAUAAUAAUAAUAAUAAUAAUAAUAAUAAUAAUAAUAAUAAUAAUAAUAAUAAUUCAUCAUCACCAUGUCAGAUAAUUUGAUGUGACCCCUUCAAAGCUCACCGGUGAUAUUUCAGAUUAAAAGUUUACAUGCUAUCUUGUAAUACAUGAAGGAACUGUUGACAUUUUAACAUGUGUGCAUUGUUUUGCAAAUGGUAGAAAACUGUGUAACGUGUUUAGCCGACCUUAGGAUAACGGGCUGGAGGCUGGAGCUUGCAAAAAGGCAACUUCCAUUAAAUCCAUAACUGCACUGAAAACUAAUGUGAUAAAGAGACAUUGUGGUUCUAUGCAUGUUAGCAUUUGAGCUAAGUUACCUCUUUCCCCAGCUUCCACUCUUUGUGUUCUGCUUGGUGAAACACUCCAGAACCUCCUGUAUCUCCAGAUGCACUCAAACGGUGAAAGACUUGCUUCCUUCCACUAAAGACUACACAACUCUUUGAAAACAAGCAACAAUAGGUGGUUUUCCACUGCAGGAAUUCCGGACAGGCGCUCGGUGGUGUGAACAUUUCCUGGAACAGCCGCGUAAUCUGCUCUUCCAGCCUUUCUGUUCAUAUUUUGUCGUAAGCUUUGACUCCAAAACAAUGACAAAGAGUAGAUACUGGACAUAACGCCAGCCUCAUGAACAUGUCAGACGUUGUUUUCCCCAGAAUACAACCAUGAACGAGGCUCUAGAGCAGAGGUGUCAAACUCAUUCUAGUUCAGGGGCCACAUUCAGCCCAGUGUGAUCUGAAGUGAGCAGUAGAAUCUUUGCAGAAUAACCUAUAAAUAACAACAACUCCAAAUUCUCCCCCUUUGUUUUGGUGCAAAAAAAGAAGUGAAACUUCUGAUGUCCACUUUUUCAACAUUUCUGGGAAAUCUUUGAACAUUUUUUGGUGGAAAAAAAGAAAUGUUAAAAAUGUUUCUUAAGGACAUUCACAAAAAAAUCAACGAAAAUCCAGUGAAAUUUACAUAAAAUGAUUUUUAUGUGAAUAUUUUUAAAGAAAAUAUUAGAAGAUUUACUGAUAUAUAUGGAAUCACUUUAGAUAUUUUUAGGAUUUUUUUGGUAGAUUUUUACUCAUUUUUUGAAAAUAUUUACAAGAAUUUUCUUGCCAAAUUUGGGGAAUUUUUUUAAAAGUAAAAGUUUUAAGGGAAACUUUUAAGGAAUUAUUGGAAUUUUCUCCUUGAAGGUUUUGCAAAUUUUCAGAAAUUUGGGGAAUUUUUUUGCUGAAUUUUUGGGAUUUUUUUCAGACACAGAAACAUUAUUUUUUGGUGCCCAUAAAUGAGGACAACAGCAGGGUUAAGGAGCUAUCUUUUUACAAAACAGUAUGAAAAACCUGAAGUUUCUUAGUAAAAUAAGUGCAAUUUCAACAAUAUUAUACCUCAGUUUAACAUUUGUGCUUUACAACUUACAGAUCACAGAGUGUUUACAAAGGCACAGAACAUUUAGCUGAACAAUAUAGUAUUGGACUUCAUGAUCAAAACAACUUGUCAGGAUUUAGGAAUUAUUUUAAAUGUACAGUUUUACAAAUUUACAAUCUGCAGUUAAUGUCAUGUCUGUCAUUUUAACACUUUGUAAACUCAUCCCAUGGGCCGGGUUGGACCCUCUGGAGGGCCAUAUGUUUGGCACCUCUGCUCUAUAGGGACGGUUCUUAUGACUGGAAAACAAACAGAGGUUCAGGCAGCCUUACAAUGCCUUUUAAAGACACCAUGACAAACGCUAAAACAUAAGCUGUGUCCGAAAUCAUCCAUUCACUCCCUAUACAGGACCACUACACGGUGAACUAUGUUGGGAGCACCUCAGCAAAGUUUCCGACGCAACUCCAGCUAUUUAUUACGUUCCUCACUAGUCAUGAUUCGUGCUGCAGCAGCGUACAGCAAACACAUCAGAUUCACAGUUUAUUACAUGACUAAGAAACGGGUAAAAUCAAAUUCAACAGCACAGCCUGAAGGGGAAACUACCUACAUUUUAAUGACAAGUUUUCACGUUUCUUGUUCGUCUCCUUCCAUCGGCUGUACACUGGCUUUCAUACUGCACUGUGUGGGGGUUAGAAGCAGAGUGGUCUAACCCACAAAAAAUCCAAACUGAGCUUUAUAUAGUUUCUGUAGUAUUUUAUGGUCUAGAUUUUGGAGGCAUAACGGUCUAACUCAACACCCAAAUAUAGCUUUACAGUGAAUGUUAGACUAUUCUGGAAAACACAAAACUUUGAACCCAUUUUUCUCAAAAAUUACAGAGUGGGUUAGACCACUCUGCUUUCCAAACCCUUCAUUUGUAACUUAACAGUCAGACAGCACUACAAAAUGAAACACAAACACCUGAUAUCAACGGUCUCCAGUCUUUUAUGCAGCACGGACUGGUUUCUACAGACCGGUCAGCGCACACAAUGAAAAAUAGUUGUUUUUUGUUUUUUAUUUUAAAAAAAUGUGUGAAAUCAGUUUUUAUUGCUAAAUAUGUAUUUACUUUUUCUUCUGUCUCUUUUCAAAGAUGCUCUCCUUUUUUAUAAAUUUUGACGGAUUAGACUGACGGCUUCAUUUAACAUGAAAAUUGACAGAGUAAAGCGUGGGUAACAAGCACAGGCAGAAGUAAAGGAAAGACGGUUUAGUCAUUUUUCAAAAUAAAACACCCUGUAGACUCAGUCAGAAAUAAAACAUAUAACUCAGUGUUUUUAUUCUUUCUGUGCAGCCCGUUGGUGAAGGACCACUGCAAUAUAUAGUGCACUAUAUGGAGUGUAGUAGAAUAAAAUAGAAAUACUUUAUCUGGUAAAUUUAAGUACAGUUCCCACCACCGUAAAUACUGAUAAAUGAGCAAAAAAUGUGCAGUAAAUACAAAAAUGCGAAAUGUCCUAUGUAAAGAAUGUACAAAUGUUAAAAUGUUUUAUGUGGAGUGCAAAUAAUGUGCAAGAGUAAACAAAAAAGUGAGUGUAGUGAAUGAUUUCGGACACAGCCGUAGUUAAUGGGUAGAACAAGUAAAGUUGAGUCAUAAAAGCUAACUCUAAAGUUUGCUAACAUAAGCUAACCACCAUUAGGCUACACUUUAUUCUCAUGUUUUAUGUUAAAAUCCUCGUUUGAAUGUAGCAGAAUCUCAUCCAUACAAUCAGAAAAUUCUAUCCCUCAACAAGCACAAAACCUCUGAUUCCUUUUUUUUACACUUUGGUUGAGUUUGAAGCUGCACUGUUUAAAAACCAAAUGUACACGUUUGUGUGUUAAACUGUAGAAUGUGUGUAAGAAGGGACUCUGUCGUCUCAUUUGACACUUCAUUAGCAUUGUUUAGUGUGUUUCCAAUGAAUUCUGUCACCUGUUCAUUUAAGCUACUGAUUGAGUUGUAUAUCUGUCUCAUUCAUAUUUACUCUGACGGGAUCAUCUUAACCCUCCUGUUGUCCUCAUUUACAGGCACCAAAAAUUUCUUCUUUCCUUGUCUAAAAAAAAUCCCAAAAUUCAGAAAAAAAUUCCCCGAAUUUCUGACAAUUUGCAAAACCUUCAGGAAGAAAUUUCCAGUAAUUCCUUAAAAGUUUCCCUUAACAAUUAUAUUUAAAAAAAAAAAAAUUCCCCAAAUUUGGCAAGAAAAUUCUUGUAAAUAUUUUCAAAAAAAUGAGUAAAAAUCUUCCAAAAAAAUCCUAAAAAAUAUCGAAAGUGAUUCCAUAUAUAUCAGUAAAACUUCUAAUAUUUUCUUUAAGAACAUUCACAUAAAAUCAACCAAAAUCCAGCCAAUUUGCGUUGGAUUUUGGUUGAUUUUUAUGUGAAUGUUCUUAAAGAAACAUUUUUAACAUUUUUUUCCACCAAAAAAUGUUCAAAGAUUUCCUAAAAAUGCUGAAAAUGUGGACAUCAGAAGUGAAAAUAUAUAUCGUUUUUUCAACAUUUUCAAACUUUAAACCAGGUCAGUUUUGACCCGCAGGACGACACGAGGGUUAAACAUCUUGGACUUCCUGGACCCCCUACAUGGACUCCUGGGGAACCUCCUGGGCUCUUUGAGAACUGUUUCCCUGCACAGCACAUGGAUCAGAUGCGUCUCUGCAGCGUUUUAGUCUCUGAAUGUUGUUUUUCUCCCCCCCGGCCGGCGCAGAUGCACAAUCUCGUCGGCGAUGCGUUGCCAUGGUUACCUCGGGCUCACCCAGGUCGCUGCACCCUGGGCGAUCCCCAAAGGUAAAUGGAGCUGAAUGAUCUUCGGAAGUCUUUUCAACACACCGACACCUGGCGAGGGCGAGGCGGCCAUUUUGACUGACUGAGCCCCACUCCUCCUCCUCACCCUCCUCCCCCCCUCAACCCACACCUCUUAUCCCGGCAGGUGCCCGGCUGAAUGGGACAUCAUCGCCAUGGAGACUGAGGCGAUGACACGCACACACACACACACACACACUGGUGAGCGAGCGGCUAGCGCAGUCUGACUCGAUGAGAAGUCGUCUCGCCAAAGGGAAGACAGCCGUGUGGAUUGAGCUGUCACUCGAAGGGAACUGUGUGAAAAUAAACGGAUCUCUCUUUCUCUUUCAUUCUGUCAAAAUGUAAACAUUUCCUCUGGGUGAUCCCCAACCGAAGCCUGGGGUCCAGGAGAGGAGCGGGCGCCGCAUUGAAAGGACUCGGACCGAGGCUGAAACCUCCACCCCGCCCUUUGCUUCCUGUCUAAAGCAUGUCAGUGUACGGACUGAGGGAGGCGCAGGGCUUCCCCCACUUUGUCCCAUCUUAUCGUGUGAUCCAUCCCCACGCUCCUUUGGUCCUGUGCUUUCUGCCUGUUGGUGACUGUUCUGUAGGCACAUGAACGCCGAGUGGGCUCUCUUCUCGCACACAAGUAAAAAAAAAAAGAGUAAAUAAAUAGAAGUAAACAGUAACUCCAGUCAAUAGAGACCAGUGGCUGAUCGGUUCUAAACUGUGUUGGUUUUAAAAAAAUAAAAGCUAUGUAUCUCCUGGGGGCAUAUAUGUGGCCCCGCAUGAAAUAUUUCUAUUUCUGAUCAUUCGGUGACAUUUUGCCCUGCUGAAUGUGCCCCCGAGGGGAUAUGAAACACUCCAUGCCUCUGCUGUGUUCACCUGUGAAUAAUAAAAUAAAUGUACAAGCUGA